AUGGAUUCUCCCAUAGUGACACAGCUGUUCAGACAGCUCUUCCGGCAUGGCCAUCCAGCCUGCCAGUCUCGGCGGAACCUCACCAACCUCGCCAGCGCCAUCCACCAGGGUCGCCAGCUCCGCCAGCUCAGGGCCCUCUCGUCUGAGCACAAGAGGAGGGGCACCCUCUCCACGUCCGAGAAGGAGCGCCAAUGGCAGCAGCGCAGCAAUGUCUCGUCCGGCGACCGGACCGAGGAUCUCAAGCGGUUUCCAACUGUCACGGCCAAGGAGCUGAGAAGCUAUAGGGAGCGGCCGAGGAGGGUCAAGAUGCUUAUGCGGGACUUCAUCGAGGAUAGCCUCUACAAUCCUCACUACGGCUACUUCUCCAAGCAGGUCGUCAUCUUCACGCCGGGCGAGCCCUUUGACUUCGGCUCCAUCCGCGACGAGCUCGAGUUCCACGCCCUGCUGAGCCGGCGCUACAGCGAGUUCGAGGACGCGCUGGACAGCAAGGAGCAGUCCGACACGCGCCAGCUGUGGUACACGCCGACGGAGCUGUUCCGGCCCUACUACGGCGAGGCCGUCGCGCGCUACCUGUGCGAGAACUACCGGCAGACCUCGUUCCCGUACCACGACCUGAUCAUCUACGAGAUGGGCGCGGGGCGCGGAACCCUGAUGCUCAACAUCCUCGACUACAUCCGCGACGUCGAGCCCGAGGUGUACGAGCGCACGCGCUACAAGGUCAUCGAGAUCAGCUCCAACCUCGCCAGCGUGCAGAAGGGCAGCCUGAUGGCCACCGCCGAGUCCAAGGGCCACCGCGACAAGGUCGAGAUCAUCAACAAGUCCGUCUUCGACUGGAAGGACCCCGUGCCCAGCCCCUGCUUCUUCCUGGCCUUCGAGGUCUUCGACAACUUCGCCCACGACGUCCUGCGCUACGACCUGCGCACCGAGGAGCCCCUGCAGGGCACCGUGCUGGUCGACGAGGAUGGCGACUUCCACGAGUUCUUCAGCCCCGUCACCGACCCGGACAUACAGCGCUUCCUGAGGCUGCGCCACAUCGCCACAGAGGGCGUCUACCCCCUGCCGUACUACUCCAAGUCAGGGCUCGGCGUGCCCAAGAGCGAGCCGUGGUGGGCGGCCGCGCGCAGGCGGUUCAGGGAGGAUUGGCUCGCCAGGGGCGGCCGUGGGGGUGGAAACGGCCUGAGCGAGCCGGAGUACAUCCCGACGAGGCUCAUGGGCUUCUUCGAGGUGCUGGAGCGCUACUUCCCCAACCACCAGCUAGUCACGAGCGACUUCCACUCACUGCCGGACGCCAUCCGCGGGCUCAACGCCCCGAUCGUCCAGACGAGGUACCAGAGGCGGCCGGUGCCGGUCUCGACGCCAUUGGUCCACCAGGGCUACUUCGACAUCAUGUUCCCCACCGACUUCCACACCACCGAGGCCAUCUACCGCAGCAUCACCGGCAGGCUGAGCCGCGUGCGCUCCCACGAGGAGUUCAUGAAGAGCUGGGCCUUCGUCGAGGACUGCGAGACCCGCAACGGCGAGAACCCCCUCCUGAGCUGGUACCGCAACGCCAGCGUCAUGAUGACCUGGAACUAUCGGAGGAUGUAG